AUGUGCUCCCGACAGAGCUCCGGAGGCUGCCAUGAGACAUCCUCCCAGUCCGGGGGGUGCCACAGCGGGGGCUCGUGCUGCCACGGGGGCAGCUCCUCCAGCUACCAGGCGCAGGGGGGCUCCUGCUGCGGUGGGGGCUCCUCAGGCUACGGCAUGGGAGGAGGAUACAGCAGCGGUGGCUCUUCAGGAUCAAAGAGCAUAAUUGGAGGUGGAGGCAGUGGAGGGUCCUCUGGGUGCUGCGGUGGUGGAUCCAGCAGUGGUGGGUCAUCAGGAGGCAAGAUCAUAAUUGUAGGAGGUGGAAGCAGCAGCGGUGGAUCCUCUGGGUGCUGCAGUGGAGGCUCCUCUGGCUCUGGCAUGGGAGGAGGAUAUAGCAGUGGUGGGUCUUCAGGAUCAAAGAGCAUUAUUGGAGGUGGAGGCAGUGGAGGGUCCUCUGGGUGCUGCGGUGGUGGAUCCAGCAGUGGAGGGGCUUCGGGUGGCAAGAUCAUAAUUGUAGGAGGUGGAAGCAGCAGCAGUGGAUCCUCUGGGUGCUGCGGUGGAGGAUCCAGCUACGGCAUGGGAGGAGGAUAUAGCAGUGGUGGCUCUUCAGGAUCAAAGAGCAUUAUUGGAGGUGGAAGCAGUGGAGGGUCCUCUGGGUGCUGUGGUGGUGGAUCCAGCAGUGGUGGGUCAUCAGGAGGCAAGAUCAUAAUUGUUGGAGGUGGAAGCAGCAGUGGAGGAUCCUCUGGGUGCUGCAGUGGGGGCUCCUCAGGCUACGGCAUGGGAGGAGGAUACAGCAGCAGUGGCUCUUCAGGAUCAAAGAGCAUUAUUGGAGGUGGAGGCAGUGGUGGUUCCUCUGGGUGCUGCGGUGGAGGAUCCAGCAGUGGUGGAUCAUCAGGAGGCAAGAUAAUAAUUGUUGGAGGUGGAAGCAGCAGCGGUGGAUCCUCUGGAUGCUGCGGUGGGGGCUCCUCAGGCUACAGCAUGGGAGGAGGAUCCAGCAGCAGCAGUGGAGGAUCUGGCCAGAAGAUCAUUGUGAGCUCUGGAGGUGGAGGAGGUGGCUCCUCAGGAUGCUGCUGCAGUGGGGGCUCUGGCGGUGGCGGUGGCAGUUCCUCAGGCCACACAAUCAUCAUCGGCUCCAGCGGAGGCAGUGGCGGGUCCUCCCAGUCCAUGCAGCAGAAAUGCCCCAUUGUCAUUCCCAGCACCCAGGGCCAUCAGACCAAGCAGGCCUGCCCCUGGCCCCCCAGCCACAAGUAA